CCUCUGUCCCCGCCGUUUUAGUCUCUCAAGGCAUCUUCUUCUGUCCUGAGACAACUCCGUCUCUCAAUCACCUCUCCUUCUUCCUUCGUUUAUCUUUCUAUUUCUCUCUUACCCCUUUUACAUCCCCAACCAUUUAGCCAAAAGGAACAUAAAGUCUGCAACUUUCCUUUCAAAUUCCCCCACUUUCUCGCUCACUUCUCCCCAGAGGAACAAUGAAGAAACCUCGUUUCUUGGGUUGUCUUCUUUUUGGGUUUCUUUCAGCCCUUUGCUUCUUCACUUCACAUGUCUCUUCUCAACCCAGUCCUGAUGUUUCAGUCAUGGAAAAGCUGAAAACAAGCCUGAAGAUCCCAUCUUCUCUAGACUGGUCUGACCCUGACCCGUGCAACUGGGCUCACGUUGCUUGCGAAAACAGCAGGGUCACCAGGAUCCAAAUACCAAGCCAAAGUGUUGGUGGAACCCUUCCUCCUGAUCUCAAGAACCUGUCUGAGCUUACCACCUUUGAAGUUAUGAACAACCAAAUCACCGGAGCAAUCCCGAGCCUUGCUGGAUUAAGUCAGCUGGAAGUGGCCAACUUUCACACCAACAAUUUCUCAUCUUUCCCUCCAGAUUACUUCACUGGCUUGACUUCAUUGACUUCGAUUGUUCUUGACUACAACAAAUUCGAACCUUGGGAGAUUCCCCAGAGCAUAAAGGAAGCAACUUCUUUGAGAACUUUCUCUGCAAACGGAGCUAAUAUCCAAGGUCGAUUUCCAAUUUUUUUUGACAGUACCACUUUUCCAUCCUUGGCAAAACUGCAUUUAGCUAUGAACAAACUUGAAGGAGGAUUGCCUGCUGAACUUGGUGGAACUAUGAUUCAGUCUUUGUGGGUUAAUGGGCAGAGUUUGAACGGGACUAUUGAAGUGAUACAAAACAUGCCUUCUUUGACUGAGGUAUGGUUGCAUGGGAACCAGUUUGUAGGCCCUUUACCUGAUUUUUCAAAUCUAACACAGUUGGCCAAUUUGAGUGUGAGAGAUAGUCAGUUCACCGGUGUUGUUCCUUUGUCUUUGCUUAAUUUAGAGUCUCUUCAUUUGGUGAAUUUGACUAAUAAUAAGCUUCAAGGGCCAACCCCUAAAUUUGGUUAUAAUGUAAUUGUGGAUGCGAAGCCUGGCAGUAAUAGGUUUUGCUUGGAUGAACCUGGUAGUCCUUGUGAUGAGCGUGUUAAUAUAUUGUUAUCUAUAAUUGAAGCUGUAGGUUAUCCAGUGAUUUUUGCUGAUAAUUGGGAAGGGAAUGAUCCUUGUAAUGAUUGGCUUGGUAUUGCAUGUGCUGGGAGGGAAAUUGUAUCUGUUAAUUUCCGAAACAAGGGGCUUACUGGUACAAUUUCUGGUAAUUUUUCUAAGCUUACUUCAUUGACAACCUUGGAUCUUUCUGGUAAUAAUCUUACUGGAAGAAUACCGAUAGAGCUCACUACAUUGUCAAAGCUCACACGGUUAGAUGUUUCGAACAAUAGGUUCUAUGGGAAAAUACCUCCCUUUAGGCAUAACAUUCAUUUGGUUAUAGAUGGUAAUCCUGAUAUCGGAAAAGAUCCGGUUCCUACACCAAAUGGCAGAUCCUCUGGUGGAUCUUCCAGUGGUGGUGGUUCUUCUGGGAAUGGUCAAAAGAAACCUAAUACCGGAGUGGUUGUGGGUUCGGUCGUUGGUGCUGUUGGUGGCUUGAGUCUUCUUGUUCUGGGUAUAUGUUUGUAUACUAGAAAAAGAAAGCAUAGGAGUAGGGUACAGAGUCCAACCACUGUAGUUAUACAUCCGCAUCAUUCCGGUGAUCAAGAUGGAGUUAAGGUGACUGUUGCUGGAUCGAGUGUUGCAGGUGGGAAUGAGACUUUCAGCCACACAAGCAGUGCCCCUGGUGAUGUUCAUUUGGUUGAGGCUGGUAACAUGGUGAUCUCCAUUCAAGUUUUGAAGACUGUGACGAAUAAUUUUAGUGAGCAAAAUGUGUUAGGAAGAGGUGGUUUUGGAACAGUUUACAAAGGGGAAUUACAUGAUGGGACAAAGAUUGCAGUGAAAAGAAUGGAGUCUGGUGUUGUGACUGAGAAGGGUUUGGCAGAGUUCAAGUCCGAGAUUGCGGUUCUUACUAAGGUUCGACAUCGCAAUUUGGUGGCACUCCUUGGAUAUUGCUUGGAUGGAAAUGAGAGGCUUCUUGUUUAUGAAUACAUGCCUCAAGGGACCCUUAGCAGGCACCUAUUCAACUGGGAGGAUGAAGGGUUGCAACCACUUGAAUGGAUGAGACGACUUACAAUUGCACUGGAUGUGGCUCGAGGUGUCGAAUAUCUACAUGGUCUAGCACAACAGAGUUUCAUUCAUCGAGAUCUUAAGCCGUCUAAUAUUCUUCUUGGAGAUGAUAUGCGUGCCAAAGUUGCAGAUUUUGGCUUGGUUCGUCUAGCUCCCGUUGAUGGUAAACAGUCGAUUGAAACAAGACUCGCAGGAACAUUUGGGUAUUUGGCACCAGAGUAUGCAGUCACCGGACGAGUGACCACAAAGGUGGAUGUCUUUAGCUUCGGUGUGAUCCUCAUGGAAUUGAUCUCGGGCCGGAGGGCACUUGACGAAACGCAGCCUGAGGAGAGUUUGCAUCUUGUGACAUGGUUCCGUAGGAUGCAUAUAAACAAGGACACAUUCCGAAAAGCCAUCGACGAAACCAUUCAGCUCGAUGAGGAAACACUUGCAAGCAUUAGCACAGUGUCAGAGUUGGCCGGCCACUGUUGUGCUAGGGAGCCCUACCAAAGACCGGAUAUGAGUCAUGCUGUCAACGUACUAUCAUCACUAGCAGAGCUCUGGAAACCUGCUGAACCCGAUUCAGAUGACCUAUACGGCAUCGACCUUGAUUUGACUUUACCACAAGCCUUGAAAAAAUGGCAAGCAUUCGAAGGAAACAGCAAUCUGGACGACUCUAUAUCGUUUCUGGCCAGUACAGACUCUACACAGACAAGCAUCCCGUGCCGGCCAUCCGGGUUUGCAGAUUCAUUCGCAUCCGCAGAUGCUCGAUAAAAGACAUGUAGAACAAGGGAAGUUCGAGCGUCGAUGGAUACUUCUGAAGCGUUCGGGUUUGUUCUUCCUUCCACUCAUUGUAAGAUAUUGCUCUCUAAACCUAUAGUUUGUAGGAGAUUAUAUCGUUCUCCCCCUCGGUUUAUCUUUGUAAGUUUAAACAGUUUAAAAUUCUCUGAUCUCGAUAGAAGUUUCCAAAUGCAA